AUGCACAGUGUGAAGGAGACUUCUCUUGCAAUAGAAAUUGUUGUGGGUGACAAUUUCCUAACCUUUGCUGAAAUCCUUAAUGAUACUACUUCAUCUUCAAAAGCCCAACAGAUCUGCACCUGCAGUAGCUCCACUUCUGACAACCCCCCUAUUACUUUGCUUGCCAAAACUGCCUGCUCCCAGGCUGAUGGGAACGUGGGACUCAGGCCAAGGUGUGUUGUUCCCACAGGGAUGGGAGAGGGAGCUGGGAAAGAGAGAGUGGGAGAUGGCAGGAGAGGAAGACAUGGGGGAUCAGAAAAUAAAGAGGGAACGGGAGAAAACAAAAAGAGAAAACACAUCCAAAUGAAAGACGAGGAAAGAUCAGUCACCAUGGACCCAGGACCCAGCAACCUGAAUUCCAGGAACCAAGGGAUCGAAGGGCAAUCCAACAGGCCCACUGAAGAACACCAUGACUCUAACACCAACGAGGUUGCAGAACCCAUCGCAGCAAACGCUGCACAGGAAAGACCCAAGAGCCGAUCUUCAUCCCCUGCCCAAAAUAGCAUCGUGGGCUGCAGAAUUUCCCACCAGUGGAAAGAAGACGACGGGCGCAUCACCCAUUGGAAAGGAACCGUUCUGGAUCAGAUUGCUAUAAACCCCUCUCUCUAUCUGGUGAAAUAUGAUGGUGUCGACUGUGUGUAUGGAUUGGAACUUAAUAGAGACGAGAGGGUAUUGUCCCUUAAACUUCUCUCUGACAAGGUAGACACAUCCCAAGUCCCUGAUCCUAUCCUUGCUGAAACCAUCAUUGGCAAAGCAGUGGAACAUCUGUUUGAGGGGGAGCAUGGCUGUAAGGACGAAUGGAGGGGGAUGGUCCUGGCCCAGGCGCCUGUCUUAAAGUCGUGGUUUUAUAUUACCUAUGAAAAAGACCCAAUCUUAUACAUGUACCAGCUCCUGGAUGAUUUUAAAGAGGGUGACCUCCGUAUUAUACCAGAGAUCAAUGAGGGUCCUCCACCAGACUUGGACCUGGAACUUAUGGAUGGUCUGAUAGGCAAACAUGUGGAAUAUGCCAAAGAGGAUGGCUCCAAAAGAGUGGGCAUGGUGAUUCACCAAGUUGAAGCCAGGCCCACUGUAUAUUUCAUAAAAUUUGAAGAUGAUUUCCACAUUUAUGUUUAUGAUCUGGUGAAAAAAAUCUGA